ACAAUUCUGACUGGGGCUUCAGUUUAAUGAACACCUCAUCAUCACAGCAAGCUGCAACCCAGCAAAGUCAAGGAAGAACCAGAAAUGGUGCUUAUGGUAUCUCUGGAAAAGAUCCAUUUGGUAGAAAAACAGCAGUUAAUUCAAAUGAACUUGCUUCUCCAAAUGGAAACUUUGCUAAUUUCGAAAAUUCUUUUAGCAGUGUCCCAGCAGCAACUACCCAAGAUGCUGGUCAAUUUGCAGCCCAAAAUUUCACUCCAUUCCAAAGUUCUUCAUCAGAAGGAUAUUUUUCUAGCCCAACCAAGCAGACAAUAAACCAUCAGAUUUCUGAUAAGUAUGCUGCAUUUGCCAGUGUGAACAACCUCUUCCCUCAACCUUCUCUGCCAGUCACUACAUCUGGAUCUGUUUGGUCAGUUGCAGGAACUGUGUUUGGAACUUCUCCUGCUACUGGUUCAGUGUAUGGAACAGCUGCAUCCAAUCCAUUCAGUUCUGACACUGCUCCAACAUGGAGUCAGCCAGCCUCUGGUAGAUGUGAAUCGCAAAAAUUUUUUCCUGCUGCUAACCCAUUCCAGGGUGCAUUACCACCUCCUGGAUUUAGUGCUUUUGCACAAACUGCAGCUUUUGAUGUUCAAGUCCCCACACAGAGUAUCAAUCAUUUUGACCAAUGUGAGAUUCUAGCAUCUGGCUCUCCAAACAAGGUUGAUUUUGGUGUUUUUACUGAAAGUAUAACACCUAAUACAACUUUUCAAGUUAUACCUGGUAGUUCUGGGAUGGUGAAACCAUCCAUCGAUAUGUCAAAAAAACAAUUUGGAAUAAAAAAUGAAGGAUUUAACAUGGGAGGAACUGCAACUGGCUGGCCUGUUACAGGCAUAAACCCUAAUGGGGAUCAAUCAUCCGGGGUUACCUGGAACUUUAGAAGUGGUCAACAGGCCCAACGGAGUAUUUUUCCAGAUAACAAGUUUGAAAAUUGGCCAAAGGAACAGUUUAUUCAGUCCUCAGGCAAUCCAUUUUCCGUUUCUAGUGGACCAACUCAGCCAGUGAAGCUUAACCCAGGAAAUCCAUUUCUCUGACCAUCACAUAAAAGGCCUGUAUGAAAGCACUUUCUGUUAAGUAAAGUUUGUCUACAAGUGUAACGUCACUCCAGUAUGGCUAUUAUUGUUUGAUGAAACUGGUACUAAACAAAUUAGUCAUAAAGCCAAAGGUAUAUGACAGUAUACUAGCUUGUCACUCUUAUAUAAUUAUUAAUGUAUGAGUGUACAGGAGGUUGUUGGACAGGAAACCAAGAUCAUUAGGAAAUAAGUGAAGUGCUUGAAAAAUUAAAGAAGAGGCUUGGGAAUUAUUCAUCAAGUUAAACAGGGAAAAACUGUGAUCACCUGCCAAAUACCUAUUAGGACUCUAGUCAUGUGACCUUAAACAUUAUGUAUAAUUCACCAACACAGCUAAAAAUUAAUUAUUUAAGUUGCAUUUUACCAACUAUAGCCAUAUUGAAGUUCCCAUACCCAUAUAAAUUAAUUUUUGCUAUAUGUAUACAUAUGUAUAUGUGUUUGUAUUUAUAAUCAAAUAAUGUUUCAAAACUCAUGAUCUUUCCAGGUUAAGAUGUUAAAUCUGGAAAAUUUUACACGAUUGUUAGAGCCUACAGAGGUUGAGUAUGUUACAUUAAAACAAUUUUAUAGCCUCACCAUGUCAUCAUUGCAGUCCCAUGUCCCCGUGUCUGGUUAUGCUCUAUGUGAUGACCAUGUAUCUUGACAAUAGUUCUACAGCAUAGUUUCCAUUGCAAAACACUCCAUCCUAAGUCUGUUAUAUCUGAAAUGCAGCCUCUCUUCCAUGCUGCUUUCCACAAUCUAUCUAGUGUAGGAGGACAAUUGUUUCAACAGUACAGUAGCGCAGAAAUUCAGUGAAUUGACUGAUAUAUUUUCAUAUGGAAUUGUGUCAGUACUCAUUCCAUUGUCCAGCUGCAAGAUGUAUGGGAUGUUUGAUCAGAUAUGUUUUAGAAACAACUUGUGUACACGUGACUUCCAGAUGUAGGUCCUCUUGAUUAAGUCGGUGUGGGACAUGUAGACAGUUUUGCCAUUGGCCUUUGUGUCCGUGUAUUCUCACCUGUUACAAGACACCACAUUUUGCUUACUACUGCUGGAGUACAACUUGUUGCAAGUUUCUUUCUGAAUGUUCCCUAUUCUCCAAGUUGAAUCAUAUUCCUUUGUUUUCCAAUGCCAUUAAGUACAAGGGAUAUUUUUGUUUUGGAAAUUCAAAAUCCCUGAUCAGAAUAUAUCUUUAUGAUCCAAGUGUAUGAUUAUUUUGCAUCAGAAAGGACUUAAUUACACUUCCUGAAAGUGAUCAAUUUUUGCCAGCAUUGUACUACCUACAAAAUGCCAGGCAAUUUCAAAAUGUGCUAAUAUUUUCCAUUCUGCUGUGAUGUUAUAAUGACUGUGGUUGUCAGGUUAUUAGCUUAUUUGCAUAACCAAAAUUGUUUUAAUAUAAUGUGUUUGAUCUUCUAUAUAUGAUGAAAGAACUUAUGGUCUUAACACUUUUUCAGUUGAAGAAAUGAAUGUAAUGUAAACAUUUUGGCUUUGUAUAACAUACAAAUGUUUUAUUUCCACAUAAAUGGCAAAUAGCCACUUAGAUAAUGAACAUUUUAGUUUUAUUUUCAUGAAGCUAAAAUUUUUGGUUACAAACUUUUUCAGGUUAUUCAUGUUGUGGAAAAUACACACCUUUAUAUGUAGUUUUUUAAAGUAAUCAAUAUUAUUAUUUUGAUAUUUGGAUGAUCAUUUAUCACAUAUAUUUUAUUUUAUUGUAUUUGGUGUAUUUAAAAUGUUGUAUGUAAAUUUAUAAUAGAACAUGACAUUCCAUUUAAGAGAAUACUUCAGUUAUAUUCUUAAAGUUAAACAAAAAUAUUUCUAAUGUCAGUUGUACGUAUUUCAGGAAAGACAAUACCCAAGAAUUGAUAUGUGUAUGGUUGUUAAUGGUGUGCAAUUUGAAUAAUAAAUAAGAAUAUAUUAUGUAUUUAUCGCUAUGGGUCCAUAUUUCUGGGACACCCUGUACAAUAUAUGGUAGAAAGCUGGAAGAUAGUUUAAUAUGUACUGCAAAAGAAUAACUUACUGACGACAGUAAACGUAAUAAAAAAUUAUAAAGUGUUUUGUGAAGGAAAUAUAUAUAUCAAAUAAGAUCAAACAUUUGAACAGAUAUAAUAGGUUAUUUUUAUUAAUAACUUGUUGGUUUUAAUUACUUUAUCUAAAUUCAAAUAUUGAAGUAGUAUCAGUUUAAAAAAAUUGUAGAAGUGUGAGAUUUUAAUAAUGAAAAUAUGUAAUAGUAAAGUUAGUAACUAUUUUUAUGAUACUAUUAGGAAAAAUGAUACACUAGAGUGCCAAUUAUUCAGACUAACUGGAACCAGGAGUGGUACAUAUAAUCAAAAAUCUGCAUCAAUGUGCAAAAUUGUAUCUUGGACAAAUAUUUUACAAUAUUAUUAAUACAUACAGUUAAUGCAAAUAAAAAUAAUUCAAGCCAUAAGUAAGAAAUGAUUCCAUUUUGCAUUUGGUAGACAUCCCUCCUUCCCAUCAAAGAGCAACUUUAAUUUGAAAACAAAAACAAAAAAAUGUUUUUGAUUUUUAAGGUACACAAAGCAGAUCUGUACUCAGUAAGGCUAAUGUCACAAACAACAGUUCUGCAGCAAGAUCUUCCCUUUGCUACGAAGUGGUCCAAGCCUGUUAGGACACUCUUAACAUUUGUGUGGCUUUUUACAAAGAAUAUACAUACGUAUAUUUAUAUAUAUUUUUAAUUUUCAAAAUUUGAUCUGGAUAAUUGGACAAUCGGAUAAUCUGCAUUCUACUGUACUUAAAGUUGUGUUAUGUACUUGUGUGUCUGUCUUAAACAUGAAAAAAGUGAAUAUGAAAAUAAGUGACCAAACUGUUAUUUGAAAAAUAAUGUUGUUUUAUGUGUGUAACAAGCUUUUAUGUACUUGACAAGUCAAACAGUUAUCCAUUAAGAGAUAUUCAUACGUGUACUAUGGAUAACAUUUGUAAGAUUAAAAAGAUUCAUACAUAA